UGAGGAUUUUAGGUUGAGGGUGAUGCUCAUGAGCACGGAGCAGCUUGUUGUUUUCAUGAUGCAGAUUUAAGAAGCGUGGCAUUGCAUUAGGCUUUGUUUAGUAGAUCCAGCCUGGUGGGGCAAAACACACAGACUGCAUCAGGUUUGUGUUUGCUGUAUUGAGUAUUUGUUCUUAUAACAAAGGGGGGGAACAAUGGUCUGAUAUUGGACAAUAAAGCAAGGCGUGUGUUUGAGAGAGAGAGAGAGAGAGAUUGGGCUCAUGGUUUGCUCUUGGCCCUUUAAGAGCACAGGGAGGGGGAUUUCUCCUUAUGCUCUGGCUGCAGUGUUUUUGUCUCGCUGUCAGUGAGAUUGCUGGCUUUACACGGCUAAAGGCACAAGGAGAAAAGGGUUUUGUAUGUGAUGGUGUUACAGGGGGUUGCUAUAGAAUCAUGGCUCAAGUGCUACAUAUGGACACCAGCUUUCCAGGGAAGAUUAACUCUACAGCCCCCACUUCCCUGCAUCCGAAGGACACAGAGGCUCCUUACUCAGUAGAAACUCCCUAUGGUUACCGUCUGGAUCUGGACUUCCUCAAAUACGUGAAUGACAUUGAAAAGGGUAAUACUCUAAAGAGGGUUCCUGUACAGCGACGUCCACGCUAUGGUUCUCUGCCCCGUGGUUAUGGUUACACUGGCUCCUGGUGGACCUCCACUGAGUCAUUGUGCUCCAAUGCCAGCAUGGACAGCCGUCACUCAUCCUACUCAUACUGUGCACCGGGCUAUCACACCUCUCAACGUCCCAACUUCAGCAUGGCCCGUGUGGAGAAAACUCUGUUAGAUGCACGGCGAAAGCUGGAGGAAGAAAAGGACACUCGCUUUUCCAACUUGGGCAGCAUGCACAGCAGUGUUGCUGGCUCCAACACCUCUCUGUCCAGUGCCCAAAGCUUCAAUCGUGCCCAAGGAGGAGGAAGUUCAUACACACCUGCCAGCUCAGGCCUCUCCACACCCGUAUCUCCCACUCCAGCCCACCUACAGCAUGUACGUGAGCAGAUGGCCAUGGCCCUUAGGAAGAUCCGGGAUCUGGAAGAGCAAGUGAAGACCAUUCCAGUGCUGCAGGUGAAGAUCUCUGUGCUGCAGGAGGAAAAGCGACAGCUUAGUGUGCAACUAAAAAGUCAGAAGUUCUUGGGCCACACACUUGGUUUCAGCCGUGGGCGGCCACGCGGAGAGCUCUACAUUGACAUUCCAGAAGAGGGAGUGGAAUCUGGUACCAGUAAGGUGGAGGGGGGACUCUCACCCACCACUCCUGAUGGCUCACGUCAAGACUCAGGCUGUGAGAUAGAAGAUACUGUGAUCUUGGGCAGUGUUCGGUCAGGAACCAGGAAGGAGGUUCGAACCAUUGGUGUGGGUUCAGACAGUACGGAGAAACUUACUUUCCAGGUGGGUGUAGGUGUGAGGGAGGAAGACUUGGGCUUUCUGCCAGAGACAGAAGUACUGAAGUCCAAGGUGGACCAGUUGGAGGUGCAGUUGAGAAAAACUAUGCAAGAGCUACAGAGUGCCCAGAUGCAGGUGGAAGCAGUGCAGAAAGAGAGUCAGGGUGGGACACUGAAGGCCGAUCAUGCUGUGAGAGCCACCAGUCUAGGCUGGCAGCAGCAGCAUGACCAAGGAGGUUCUGGCCUCCACACAUUGGUCAGCUUUACCCAGCAAGGCCAGCAGAAGCAGCAGAGAACAGUGGGAAUCCAGGUGUAUACACUGGAGCAGCCUAUGGUGAUGCUCAGGACUCAGCAGUGCAGCACCUCCACCAGACCUCUAUCUGCACCACUCCUGGAGGGAACUCCUCACAGAGGAUAUGCAGAGCCUCUGAGUGCAGAAGAAUCAAUUGCAGUAAGCUCCAAACAGGUACGAGAGGUCCUAAAAAGUGAACUGUCCACAUCAGUGCCAGUCACCAGCUCUUCCAAUGCUACAGAGACAAAAUACAGUCAAGCGGCUUCCCUUUGCCAGAGGGUGAGGGAUGGAGAACAGAAACAGCACACAGAAGUUAUGCACUCGCACGAAAGUGCACCCCAACCAGCCUCUCCUCAUUCCAACUUAAGAUCAAUCAUGAAGCAUAAGGCAGACAGAGAGCCACGCUCUUCUUCAACUCAGAAGAAUCUGCAGUUCAUUGGAGUGAAUGGAGGUAAUUAUUCAAUGAGAGCAGUAACUACAGGUAUGAACUACAGGUAUGAGUCCACCUCAUCAGAAAGCAGUUCUGAGAGUUCAGAUGAUGAGAGUGAUGCAAGUGAAUAUCAUGAAGCCACUGAGAAACUACCAGAAUCUCCAGCUCAUCACCCUCAGGCUACCUCUGUCAGCAGCUCUGCUGUUUCUGUCCCUGCAAUUCCCAAAUCUACAGAGACAACAAACACCCAUCACAGCAAUGCCCCACUUUUACUUGGUGAGGACUCAGAUUUGCAUAACAUCACCCAAUCAUCAGCCUUGGAUGCAACCACGUGUCAACAUAUUCUGUCUUCAGUCUCAGAUUCUGAUAAAUGGCAUUCUGCAGUCCAUUUGUCUACAACUGCCAUGGCUCCUCAGGAGACUCGUAUCCUGUCAGCAGAAUCAGAUUCCAUUCAGCAAUACACCACCCAAAACACUGCCAUUUGCCCUGAACAAAGUUCCAUUGAAUCAUCAACAAUCUGCAUGGCAUUGGAACAAACUGUUGACCAACCCCAAGCCACUAGCUCAGAUAGCCAGCAAAAUACUAACCAGCUACAAUCAUCAGGCUUGACCACUCAACAGUCCACUCCUCCAUCACAUACCACUGGUGCUUCUCAUCUAGAUGAUAGUCAAUCACAAACCACUGACCUCACGCCAUACCACCAAAUUAUGCAGUUGAAGGCUUCAGAUGCUCCUGACCAACAGGAUACAGACAAAUCUCCAGUCAGCAGUCCACCUGAAAACACAGACAAAGGACCUAAACAAGAAAGCAGUUUCAGAGGGGAACUGAGUGACAGCUUCAUAACAGCUCUUCAUACCUUGCAGAAAGCACUUGGUGAACCAAAUGCUUUUAGCCAGCAGGGGCCGAGAACAGCGUACACCACAGUGUUACAGGAGUGGCUGCGUGUCUCAUGUCAUAAAUCUGCAGACACAGCAGUGGUCCGAGCCUACAUGGAUGCCUUUGCCUCUGUCUCACCUCAGCUGCUGGAGUUUGUGAUCAAUAUGGCUGAUGGGAAUGGAAACACAGCACUGCACUACACUGUCUCACACUCCAACUUCCCUGUGGUUAAACUGUUGCUGGACACAGGUCUAUGUAAUGCAGAUAAGCAGAACAAGGCUGGCUACACAGCUAUCAUGUUGACAGCUCUGGCUGCGUUCCACUCUGAAAGUGACCUUCAGACGGUUCUGCAGCUGCUCCGUACUGGAGAUGUCAAUGCCAAGGCUAGCCAGGCUGGGCAAACAGCUUUGAUGCUGGCUGUGAGUCACGGACGAGGAGACAUGGUUAGAGCUCUACUGCGCUGCGGUGCUCAGGUCAAUCUGCAGGACGAUGAUGGCUCCACAGCCCUCAUGUGUGCCUGUGAGCACGGUCACGUGGACAUUGUGCGCCAGUUGCUUUCUGUAUCAGGCUGUGAUGCCACUCUCACCGAUAAUGAUGGCAGCACUGCUCUCUCCAUAGCACUAGAGGCCAGUCAGAAUGACAUUGCUGUGCUCCUGUAUGCCCAUCUGAAUUUUGCCAAACCUCCUUCCCCUGUGUCUCCAAAGUCUCAAAUUGUGGGAUCCCCACCAUCUUCAUCUGAAAUUCUAAAAUGAAACACUAAGGCUGAUUCCUGUGUGGACAUACUGUAUACUCAUUGUAAUUGUGCGUACAGUUGAUCUGUGCAAAUAUAUCUGGGUUUUUUUUUUCCAUAUACCGGUAUGUAUGUAUGUGUGUGUGUGUCCACUGUUAUUAUCACUUAAUUCUAUGCUAGUGCAUUUUCAGUGGUUUCAAACCUGAGGCCUCAUUUAUUAAAUCCUAAAUUCCAAUGGUAUAAUCUAAUAUUAAAAAUGACGUACCAAUGGGGUACUAUGAAACCUAAAUCUGCAGUGAAAAUGUUCUUAUACAUAUGCAAAGUGAAAACCAUCUUCGUUUUUGUCUUGUGCACCGUUAUGCUAAUGCACUCACUUUUUGUCUGAUGAAAGACUUUUUUGCCAUUCCAGUGUGACAUUAAGUGAAUUAUUUGAUUAAUGAAUUGAUUGAUUGAUUGAUUGAUUGAUUGAUUGAUUGAUUGAUUGAUCGAUCGAUCAAUGAAAAUGUUGAGGAAAAUCUGAAUAUAAAAGAAACAUUAAACAGUAUAUGUUUGAGAAAGGGCAGUUAAGCAUAAGGAACAGCAGGGUUUUACUGACUUUUCAAUGCUCAAUAACUAAAUUGCAAACAAAUAAAUAAAAUUGCCUUCAGUAGCCCUUAGAGACAUAACCAAUAUACUUUAAUGCAGAGCACUUUAAGUACACAUUAUUGUCUAUGUUUGGGAAAUAGGAUGUCUUGAGUCAAUACCAGAAAAGAAUCCUGUAUUCACAGGGAUCUCACAAAAGAUACUAUAUGGUUGAAAGUUUGUGGCCACCUGAACAUCACACCCAUAUGUUCUUUUUGAACACCCCAUCCAGUUGUAGUCCCCCUUUGCUCUUCUGGGAAGCCUUUCCACUAGAGUUUGGGGCAUGGCUGUGGGUAUUUGUGUUCAUUCAGUGAUAAGAGCAUUAGUGAGAUCAGACACUGAUGUUGGGAUGUUGAGGCUCCAGUUCUAGUUCAUCCCAAAGGUGUUCAGUGGGGUUGAGUUCAGUCAGGACUCUGUGCAGGACACUCGAGUUCUUCAGUCCAACCUUCACACACCAUGUCUUCAUGGAGCUUGCUUUGUGUACAGCAGCAUUGUCAUGCUAGAACAGGUUUGGGUCUCUUAGUUCCAGUGAAGAGAAAUUGUUAUACAGCAAAGAAAGACAAGCUAUACAAUUGUGUGUUAACUUUGUGGCAACACUUUGGGGAACAACUACAUAUGAGUGUGAUGGCCAGGUGUCCACAUACCAUUUGACCAAAUAGUGUAUGUCAUUAUGAAACAUUCAAUUUACUAAGUGCCGCUUCAGCUCAAAUUUUUAAGUCUGAUAAAUACAAUGAAUGUUUACUGUCAUGGUCAUUGUUGGUGGUUUUGAUUACCAGCCACUAGAACUUUUUCUUCUUCUUCUUUAGGCAACAAACCGAGGUGAAUCUUAUUAAUGUUAUUGCGGUGGCUACAGGUGAUUGUGUAAUGUUGCCACUCUAAGAGAUUAUAUGAGAAAAUAGAUUUUAAUUUGGAUGUACAGUCAGCUUCAUAUUUAUUGGCACCAUAUAAGAAAAGAAUAUGUCCCCAAAAAUCAAGCUAAAUGCUGAAGGAGAAGCACUUUUUCAGCUGAGUGAUGUGCAUGUAGGACUUGUGUCUGAGCAAUCAGCAUGUAAAAUGCUAGAAUAACAUGUCCUUUGAUGCUGAUAUUCAAAGACAAAAUAUGCACUUUUCUGAAUAAAUGAGGCCCCUGGUUUCCAAUGCCACGCUGCUUUGAAGUCUGAUCAGUUUGUUUCCAUAUGCUAAUCUAUCUAGAAUUUAUUCUGUUUUGAAUUUGACUCUGAGUAAAGCAUCAUGCAUAUCAGACAUGAUAAUUUUCAUGAUCAGGCAGCAUAUUCUCCAAUUAUUCUGCAAUACUGUUAAAGCCAUGCAAUCAUGUUUUUCUGGCUGUUCUACCCAAAUGGUUUUCCAGUGCAUUUUUCCCCCCAAAAGCUUUCACAGAAGUUCCACAUCAGUGUUAAGUUGCUUCUUCCCUUUAUCCCAAAUUUGUUUACCUGAUUUAAAAAUAUAGUAACUAAUUAAUUACUUCUCUGACAGCCAUUCAUUCUUUAAUCCAUUCCUUUAUUAAUUCAUCUUCAGUAAGUGCUUUAUCCUGGUCAGGGUCACAGUGGAUUCGGAGCUUAUCCUGGGAUCACUGAGCGUGAGGCAGGAAUACACCUUGAAUGGAGAGUCAGUUUGCUUAUAAUGUUGUGGUAUUUUUACUCUUUUAAUGCAAUAAUUAAUAGUUGUAAUUUCUAUACAUAUACAGUGAUGUCACAAAUAGAACCUAUACUGACUCACCCUAACUUUGUUCUUUGUGAAAACUAGCAGCAAUAUAACACAUGCUCCAUGUUUAUAGACUGUUGAAUAGACUUACAAUAGCUAUACUUGUAUAGUGUAAUUUCAAUGUGUACUUUUUGCCUCACAAAGUGAAUAAAUCUGAGUUUUAGAAUGUGUAUGGUACACUAUAAACAAUUACAUCCCAAAUGGCACAAUAGAUGAGCUGAUACUGAGACUGAAUUUUCCAAAACCACUAUAAAAUUUGUGUGCGUGUGUGUGAAUACAGUGAGUGGUUGGACACAAAGGUAUCAUGAAUAAGUAAGGCUUUUUCAUGACUGCAUUAAGGUACUAAGUUGUAUGAGGAAAGUGGCUAAGAGGUGUUUUCUAAUGACUGGGUGAGCUGCUGUGGAAGAUUCUGGUGGAGUUUGAUGCAGAAAUAAUUGGCACUGUAAAUUAGGGGGCUCCUUCAUUUUCUGUUCUCAUGUGGAUCUAGAAAGUGUAAAAUAAAGGCUCAGAACUCUCGAUGAAGAAUGUGCUGUAGAUUUUUAGAAAUAAGGAUAAUAUAUACCGUGCCCAAACGUUUAAUUGCUUUUCUAUACAAUUUGUAGUUUUUGAAACACGGUCAUUGACUUGAAACAUUGUGUAAUAUGAACACUAAUUAGAUUUUAUACACACUUUAUCAUCACUAGUUUAGAAAAGAAUUUGUUUUAUAAUCUUUUGUAUUUGUUUUAUUACCACUAACUCAAACUUUAUAUCUUUAUCUGUGACAACUAUGUAUGUCUUUUUGGCACCUUUGACUCUUCAUUUGUAAUUACUAUUGUUACCUUUAUAAAUAAAUCCUCACGUUUGAAAAAUAAA